UUAUACGGGCUGACUUUGGGCCAAGUGGUGGACGGUUUCCCGCCAUAAUCCUGCAAAUGCAACGCAACCCGUUUCAUUUGAGACGAAGAAGAAGAGGAUAACAAUGAGAAAUUGAAUUGGUACAAAUGUUGCAAACCCUAGUAGUUCCCGCAAGGUUUCGCUUCGCAAAUCGAAUAUCUCUCCGUCGAAGCUUGAGCAGAAUUCGUUCAUUCAAUUCCGAUUAUGGAGAUCAGUCUCGUGGUGGGCUCCCUCGAUUCUACUCUGAAAUUCUUCCUCCUUCAAAGGGUAAUGUUAUUCGUGUUAAAGGCGAUGAAUUCUGGCACAUGACUAAAGUAUUGAGGCUCUCCACCAAUGCUAGGGUACAACUCUUCAAUGGAAAAGGAGGUUUGGUAGAAGGAUGCAUACAGAACAUUGACCGCACUGGACUUGAUUUUAUUGCAUUGACUGAUCUGAAGUUAGUGCCUCCACAAAAUUUUCAAUUGCAUGUAUUUUCUGGUUUUGGUACUCUGAAGGGUGGGCGCGCUGACUGGCUUGUAGAGAAGUGUACAGAACUUGGAGCCAGUAGUGUUACUCCGCUAUUGACUGAACGUUCUCCGUCAAUCUCAGAAAAUCGGGUGGACAGACUGGAACGUGUCAUUUUAGCGGCAUCUAAACAAUGUCAAAGACUGCAUGAAAUGAUCCUGAAACCUCCUGUAGAGAUUGGUGAUAUUUUGCAUCUUAUUGCGCAAUCAAAGCUAUCUCUUGUUGCAACAGCAGAAGCAACUCCUGUUCUUAAUGCAUUGACGUCACCAGAAAAGGAAACUAGUGGCUUAAUCGUAGUCGGGCCAGAGGGCGAUUUCACUGAGAAAGAAGUGAAUAUGAUGAUGGAAGCAGGUGCUAAAGCUGUUAGUCUUGGACCUCAUCGUCUUCGGGUUGAAACUGCCACGAUAGCACUUCUGACUACUGUUAUGUUAUGGUCCGACUCUAAGCAAAUUUCUGUCUCUUGACUCAUCUGUAUAUGUAUGUCCGGUUGGACCAUUGAAAUGACCUACAUAGAUCGUGAAGCAAACAUUUGUGUUGAUGCCCUUGCUUUAAGAAAACAUGAAGUAGAUUUCUGUUUACUUGUGUUGAAUGCUGUUACAGCUAGUAAUAGUUUACUCCUGACUCGAGGGGUGCAUGUUAAUCUAGUGUCAUGCCGUAGUCCUGUUUGUACACGGAUCCUCUCCUUCUCCCUCACAUACUUGUCAUCUGAAGAUUUUUUUUCUAAAAGUGACAGUAAGUCUGAACAGGUAUGAAUAAGUUUUAAUGUCGGACAAAAAAUAUGAUUAGUGAUAACAGUACAAUUGUAAAAACUCGCAUACUUGUCAUCUCAAGAUUUUUGGUCUAGAAGUGAUAGUAAGUCUAUUGUUAAUUGUUGCCUUUCACUUA